ACAAUUCGGCUAAAGAGCACGCAUAACAUUUAUGCCCAAUCUGAUACUUUACGGUAUAUAAAUGUGUCGCCGACAGUGGGAAAGACAUGCAGUUCCAGCUGAAUUGUGUACAGCAACUAACUAGAGCAACAAUGAACAAGUUUGCGCUUUCUGUGCUCAUGCUGUCGGCAGUAGCCGUCUCCGUGGCCUCUGCCCUACAGCACUACGUGGCGGAGAAAAGCUUCAACCAGGCGCAGAAGGAGUGUGCCGAAUACCAGGGCGUCGAGCAUGACGAUCUAUUGCGUUACGUGAGGGAAGGCUACCCUAACGUGGAGGAGGUUCGCUGUUUGCUGCGUUGCGUCGCCUUCAACCUGCGCUUCUGGAACCACACCACGGGUCUGCAGAAACACAUGGUGGAGGGACACUUUGUACCGUAUCCGGAUGAUUUCCACAACGUCGAGCGCACGGAAGCUUGUCUGGCGGAGAACUUGUACACCUGUGAUGAUGACCUCUGCACGCAAGUGUACAAGGCGUUCCAGUGCUACUACCAACACUACGGUGCGCUCAGCGAGUGCCCGCAGUUCGUGGUCAAUACCUACCUUGAGGAUGUGCAGGUGUCCUACGAUCUGUUCGGUAUGUUGGCGGUCUCCCAAAGCACGCUGCAGAACCUGGCCGGAGGUUGCUUCCCGAGCGGCGAGGAGUCUCUGUGCUUCUUCUAUGCAUUUGUGACCCGCACCGGACUGUACAGUGUAGAAGAUGGUGCCAAUCUGGAGCGUCUCUACUACCAGUACAACGAGGAGGUAUUCAACCCCAACAACGCUCAGACUGUCGCCUGUCUGCAGAAUCAAAAGAAGCUUGCCUGUAAGAAGACCGUCUGCCAGCAGGCCUUCGAUACGUUCCAAGCUUGCUUCGGUGAGUCUCGCGGACUGGAGUACUUGCUGCAUACCGUGUUCGUCGACGCAGCCAAGAACUUCCUUGGUCAGCCCGUCUGCUACUGUACCAAGGGCAAGACUUGCCCGAUGCACCGUUGCUACGGACGGUAA